AUGGUAGAUACAAUUGAUUUACAUGAAGAUCUUAAGAGUAUUGUUAAAGAAGGCUGGUUAGAAAAAGAGUCUAAGUUUUUGAGAUCAUGGAGAAAACGUUGGUUUGUUCUCACUAACUCUACUUUGUACACAUUUAAGGAGUCUAAGGUUUAUAAGAAUCCCACUGAAGUUAUACCUUUGAAGAGCGUUACAACUAUAAAAUCAGCAGAAGAUGAAACCAAUAAACCUCAUUCAUUUAAAUUAGAAGUUGGUGAAAGAAAGUUUUAUAUGGUUGCAAGUGCUAAUAAUGAAAAGGAAUAAUGGAUAGGAGCAAUAGGUAAAUAAAUGGUUAAAUUGAUAUAAAGAGGUAAGCCUUCUUUCAGUGAUGAGGAUGAUUGA